UCAAACCAACGACAACCAUGUCGCUGACUAAGUGCCUUCUAUUCGCCCUCCUGGCCAUCGUGGCCACCGCAUCCGUGAGCGCCGAACGUGUUCGCUAUGACAACUACCGCAUGUACAAGGUGAACUCGGAGAACGCCAAGCAACUGGCGGUGCUAAAGGACCUGGAGGGAUCCAGCGACUCAAUCAUGUUCCUGGAUGGAGUCCAUAUCGUGGGUGCUGAUGUCCAGAUCGUGGUGGCUCCCCACAAGGUGCCCGACUUCCUGGAGAUCAUGGGCAGGUCGGAAAUCAAGUACGAGCUGCAGUCGCGCGAUCUGCAGAAGUCUCUGGACGAGAUCGACGAGAAGGUCGCCAUCAAGGGACGUGCCACUGGCUACAACUGGGCCCAGUACUACGAACUCGAUGAUACCUAUUCCUGGCUCCAGACCCUGGCUCAGCGGAAUCCCGGAGUGAUCACCCUCAUUGAGGGCGGCAAGACCUACCAGGGACGCUCCAUCCUCGGCGUUAAGAUCACCAGGGGUGGUGCCACCACCAACGGCAAGGCCAAGCCCGGCAUCUUCCUGGAGGCCGGUAUCCAUGCCCGCGAGUGGAUUGCUCCUGCUGCCGCCACCUAUAUCAUCAACCAACUGCUGACCUCCCAGGAGAAGUCCAUCAAGGAAUUGGCCGAGAGCUACACCUGGUACGUCCUGCCCCAUGCCAAUCCCGAUGGCUAUGUGUACACCCAUACCACGGAUCGUAUGUGGCGCAAAACCCGCACUCCCUACGGCAGCUGCUUUGGUGCCGAUCCCAACAGGAACUGGGGCUUCCACUGGAACGAGGUGGGUGCCAGCAGCAAUGCCUGCUCCGAUACCUACGCCGGACCUUCCGCUUUCUCCGAGAUCGAGACUCUGUCAAUGUCGAAGUUCAUCGAAGGCCUAAAGGGCAAGGUCCAGCUGUACAUCUCCCUGCACGCCUACUCCCAGUACCUGCUGUAUCCCUAUGGACACACCUCCGAACUGCCCGACAAUGUGGCUGACUUUGAGAAGGUCUUUGACGUCUCCAUUGCCGCCGUGAACAAGCGAUACGGAACCAAGUACACUGGAGGCAACAUUUACGAUGCCAUCUACCCGGCGGCUGGUGCUAGUGUGGACUGGGCCUACGGAACCCAGGGUGUGCGCAUGUCCUUCUGCUAUGAACUGCGUCCCUCGUCGAACUCCUUGCUAACCGGAUUCAAGCUCCCCGCCGAGCAGAUCGUUCCCGCCAGCGAGGAGCUGCUUGACUCCAUCGUGGCCAUGGCCACCGAGAUCAAGAGCCUGGGCUACUUCAACUAAGCGACACUAAUAAAGUACUCACAGCUUUUCGGCAUAACCACGAA